CGCGAAGAAGUGCGGCGAGCGCGCAGGCCCAGAAGCACCCGAGCGGCUGCUGCCGGCGACGCCCCAGAGCGGAAGAGGGAAGUGAGUCGGACACCCGGCUGCGGGGUCGGACCGGGCUGGGCUUGUGAGGUAGAGCCAGCGCCCAGAAGAGGCCUUCGCCGCGGUCGGGAUCCGGGAUGUCGAAGAACACCGUGUCGUCGGCCCGCUUCCGGAAGGUGGACGUGGAUGAGUACGAUGAGAACAAGUUCGUGGACGAGGAAGACGGGGGCGACGGCCAGGCCGGGCCGGACGAGGGCGAGGUGGACUCCUGUCUGAGGCAAGGAAACAUGACAGCUGCUCUCCAGGCAGCUCUGAAAAACCCCCCUAUCAACACCAAGAGUCAGGCAGUGAAGGAUCGAGCAGGCAGCAUUGUCUUGAAGGUGCUCAUCUCUUUUAAAGCUAAUGAUAUUGAAAAGGCCGUUCAAUCUCUGGACAAGAGUGGUGUGGAUCUCCUAAUGAAGUAUAUUUAUAAAGGCUUUGAGAGUCCCUCUGACAAUAGCAGUGCCAUGUUACUACAAUGGCAUGAAAAGGCACUUGCUGCUGGAGGAGUAGGAUCCAUCGUUCGUGUCUUGACUGCAAGGAAAACCGUGUAGUCCAGCAGGAGCUGGCUACCUGCCACGCAAGUGGGAGUUGAUGGUACAAAGACCAAAACAACCAAAUGCCACCGCUACCCUGUGGGUAGCAUCUGUUUCUCUCAGCUUUGCCUUCUUGCUUCCUUUUCAUAUCUGUGAAGAAAAAAAUUACGUAUCAGUUUUUUCUUGAAUGAAAAUUGAGAUAAUGUAGAGGAAAUUUUAUUUCAGCAAAAGUAUUUCACCUUCUCAUAAUCAUUUCAAUGAUCUGUAUACAAUUCUGUAUAUAGUAUAAUUUACAUUGAACUUUAAUUGUGAUUUUUAACUCGUAUUGGCUGGUUUUUAUGUUUUAUAUUAUUUUUAAUUAAUACUGAGAGAUUUGACCAGAAUUUGAGGCCAGUUUCCUAAUCAUUACUAGUCAGGAAAUUAUCUUU